CAGCCAAUGAGCGGCCGAUAUGUAAAUCGCGCCCUAAACGCGGGCGAGUGCUCUCCUUUCAUCGCGGCCUCCAAUCAGCCAAUGGGCUUCGCGUUGCCGGGUGGCUUAUGCAAAUAUACGUAGAGACUUCCUCCCGCUGCGAGGCUUGUCCCAGAGGCGUGUCUAGAGCGUGCCGGGAGAGAAGGCUCGUGCGACAGGGAGAGGACGCGGGAGCAGCUGGUGAGUGGGAGGACGGAGGAGGGAUGUGAUUGGUGCAAAGCGCGUUGCAUUCCAAGGUCUCCCCAGUAAAUAAGCAGGCAGGAAAACGAGUGUAAGGGAAGAAAGGGUCGAAUAGGCCACAACUUUUAUUGGUUUGCAUGCUUAGGCAUUAUAGGGUAUACCAUUUUCAACUCCAGCCCUUCUGCUGGGAGUGCCUUCUAGGGUCAACCUAACCUGGGGGUGGGUGGGUGAGAGUGCUAUGGCUGACAACAAAUAAUAAUAAUAAUAAUUUUUAUUUAUACCCCGCCCUCCCCAGCCAAGCCCGGGCUCAGGGCGGCUAACAAGCAAUAAUAAAAACAAGUUGAAUGAAUACAACUUAAAAAUAAGAUUAAAAUACAGCAUUAAAAUGCAGCCUCAUCACAGGAGGAGAAAGGAAAAAGAAAGAGGGGGAGGGAAUCAAAUUGGCUCCAAGCCAAAGGGGUAACCUCCCCCCGGGGUUCCUAUUUCAACUCUUCCUGGGUCCCUUUAUUGGGAUACCCUUUUGCAUGCAGGGGCAGGCAAAGGCUGCAACCUCCCCUCGUUACAUGACUAAGGCUUACUCAUUGUCUAUUGCCACUGGAAACCAAAGGCAGGGGCACCUGGGUCAAAGACUUAGUUUGGCAAAAAAACCCCAAACCUGUGCAUAUGCGCGUGCGCACGCACACACACACACAGGCUGGGAGCCUCAAUGGCGCCCCUCUGGAAGCUUCACUCUGGGGCAAGCAAACCCUGGUUACCCACCUCCCGUCAAACGUGGGAUAUUCUUGCAAAGCCAAGCUACAUAUGUGCUUGUACAGUGGUACCUCAGGUUAAGAACUUAAUUUGUUCCAGAGGUCUGUUCUUAACCUGAAACUGUUCUUAACCUGAGGUCCCACUUUAGCUAAUGGGGCCUCCCGCUGCCGCCGCUGCCACCACAAUUUCUGUUCUCAUCCUGAAGCAAAGUUCUUAACCCGAGGUACUAUUUCUGGGUUAGUGGAGUCUGUAACCUGAAGCGUCUGUAACCUGAGGUACCACUGUAGUUGGCAUGACCCCAUUUCUGCACUUAAAUAUGUCUUCCUUUUUAAAAAAUGAAAAUGGAAUAUGGCACCUCGAAUAAGGUGUGGGAUUCCCUCCCCACCAGAGGUGAAACUGGCACCUUCGUUAUGUAUUUUUUGCUGACUGCUGAAGACACACAUGCUUUUGACACUUGAAAUGCAUCUUUUUUUUGGACCUGCCCUGUUCUCUAGGCUGCUAUCAGUUUUAAAUAUUUUUUUAAAAUAUUGCGAACCUGCUGGAUCAGCUGACAGCCCAUCUAGUCCAACAUCCUGUUUUUACAUGGGCUCAUCAGAAUUCUGGGCUAGAUGGGCCAGCAGCCUGAUCCAGCAGAACCUUCUUAGGUGGCGUUAUUUGUUCUUGCUUUUAUGGAGACCCUAUCUGCAAUCCCCUGUUCUCCACAACCAUUAAAGGUGUUGGAGGAAGAAGCCAUGUUGCACUAUGGACCCAGGUUGGUUGACCAACCCACAAGCUCCCGCUGAUGGCCGAUUUUGUUGUCUUCCCUUUCCAGACGGGGACUUUGCUUAUCAGCCAUGAUUGUCUUACCCCCGGGACUGACAGAUGAAGAGGAGGCACUGCAGAAGAAGUUUGCCAAACUCAAGAAAAAGGUCAGACUCCUUUUCGUUGAUGCCGAGGGGUAGAUUCCACCCUAGGUAGGCCAGGCCUAAUCAAGUUGUUGUUGGCUGUUCAAGGCCGUUGGUCCACCCAGUCCCAGCCAGCGUGGCCAACAAUCAGACACAAGAAUAGAAAGAAGCUUUCUGGAUCAUAUAAUAGAAUCGUAGAGUCGGAAGGGACCCCAAGGGUUUGUCAGGAGUUCAGCCUACACUCGAGUAGGACCCUGGCAGAGACACAUGCCCGACUGGCAUGUGUUCUCCCUCCUGGUCUUUCGUUCGGGAGCUUCAAAAGCUUUCUUCUGCACAAACAUCACAGCGACUGAUGCCAACAGACACCGGCACACUUAGGAAUUCGCAGAGUUUGCACAUCAUGCGUGUGACAGACCUCAGCAACUCAGCAUUUUGGCUAAUCUACUUUAUUUACAUAUAAACACACAUGGAGCGCUGCAACAUGGCUCCCUCUCUCUCUAGCAUCAGACAACAAAGAGAAAAAGAAGAAAGGACCAUAGUCCCACUUCACGGAACACAGUAACACAAACAUCCUGUCUACGUCACUUCCCACUCUCACAUACCGUCAUGUGAAAGACAAUAAUCCUAUGACUGCAAUCAUGGAGCAGGAAUUCUAACAGGGUAAUCUAUGCAGGAAUCUAAACAAACGCAUACAUGACAGAUGGCCAUCCAUCCUCUGCUUAAAAACCUCAGAGGAAGGAGAGCCCACAACCUCCCAAGGGAGAUCGUUUCACUUGCUGCCAGAAAGUUCUUCCUGCUGCAUAGUCAGAAUCUCCUUUCUUGUAGCUUGAAGUCACUGGUUCAAGUGCUACCCUCCAGAGCAGGAGAGAACAAGCUUGUUCCCUCUUGCGUGUCAUGGGGCCCAUCCAGUCCAGCAUUCUGUUCUCUCAGUGGACAACAACAACAACAACAACAACCUAAUAAUAAUAAUAAUGAUAGUAAUAAUUUUUUUUUAUACCCUGCCCUCCCCAGCCAAGACCGGGCUCAGGUUGAUUGAAAUACAAGUUGAUUGAAAUACAACUUUAAAAACAAGAUUAGAAUACAGUGGUGCCUCGCAAGACGAAACUAAUUCGUUCUGCGAGUUUUUUCGUCUUGCGAAGCACGGUUUCCCAAAGUCUUCAAAAUCACCAAAGUCUUCAAAAACCUCAAAAAAUUCUACCACACCGCGUGCUAUGAGUUGCUCCUCGAAGUCACCCUGGGUAUUAACGGUUUUAAGAAAAAGGAAACAAACUUGCAAGACGUUUUCGUUUUUCGUCUUGCGAAGCAAGCCCACAGGGAAAUUCGUCUUGCGAAGCAACUCAAAAAACGAAAAACUCUUUCGUCUUGCGAGUUUUUCGUCUUGCGAGGCAUUCGUCUUGCGAGGUACCACUGUACAACAUUCAAAUGCAGCCUCAUCACAGGAGGAGAAAGGAAAAAAGAAAGAGAGGGAGGGAAUCAAAUUGAUUCUAAGCCAAAGGCCAGGCGGAACAACUCUGUCUUACAGGCCCUGCGGAAAGAAAUCAGAUCCCGCUGGGCCCUGGUCUCAUGAGACAUGCCUCUGGGAUGAUGGGGAGUUGUAGCCCAGCAGGGUCAUCUGUUGGUAGAUGACGACAGAAGAAGACUGGGUCGAAGGGAAGGGAGGGAAAUAGGUUUGGAGAUGCCACGUUAAAUAUGGUUGUUGUUCCUCCUCCUCCUCCUCAGAAAAAGGCCCUCAUGGCCUUGAAGAAGCAGCAGAGUUCAACCAGCCAAGCCAGCCAGGGAGGAAUUAAACGCUGUAAGUCGGACUUCCACCAAGGGAGGUGGGUGGAGUGGAGUAGGGUGCACCUGGGUCGACCAACACUUGGGACACUCACUUGCAUUUCUUCUGGCAGCCAUCUCUGACCAGCCGGUCGUGGACACGGCCACAGCCACGGAGCAAGCCAAGAUGCUCGUGAAAACGGGGGCCAUCAGCGCUAUCAAAGCCGAGAACAAGAACUCGGGGUUCAAGCGCUCUCGCACUCUGGAAGGGAAGCUGAAAGUAAGGGGGGCUAAGUGGGUGGAGACUAGGGCUGGGGGGUGUCUGGUUGUCAACAUUGUGAUAUAUCACCAGCUAAACAUCGCAAUAUGCCAACGUAUCACGAUGUCUGAAAUAAGACAGAGGCAUUGGCUGGCUUCACGGUUUUUCCUGUAUCACACACGCACACACACACAUCAUGGUUUGUGUUAUAUUUUGCCAGGUCAAAAAUUAUGAUUCCUUUUUUAAAUUUUUUUUUUUGUUAAGUACAAAUUAGAAAGCAUACAUAUUUACAACAAAAGAAAAAAAAAAUACAUAUAUCCAAGGAAAAAAAUGAGAGAAUACUUUGUCUCUUUUCAUAUUUACAGUUAUUUAUACCUCUAUAAAAUGCUAUUCAUAAUAAAGGAGUGAAAUGAAAGAUAUGAUAUCAGAAAAAGGGGGGGGAGAACAAAGAAAAAAUAAAGAAGUAAAAGAAAAAGACUAUAGAUGAAAAUUUUUUAAAGUAGAUAAGUAUUCACUAUACGUAGCCAUUUCCCAUCUAUAUUUAUAUUCAAUUGUAUAAUUUCAUCUUGUCCUUAUCUACCUUAAAUAAAGUGUUGUUUUUUUAAAAAAGGUCAAAAAUUAUGAACUGAUAUCACAAUACGGACUUCAAACCAGUUUAGGGCGAUAAAUCAAUAUAUUCCCCCCCAGCCCUAACAGAGACUGUGCGAAAGGGGAGCAGGGUUGUCUCAGCAGGGCCUUAACAUCUUGCUUGUCUUUAGGAUCCCGAGAAAGGACCAGUCACGACUUUCCAACCUUUUCAGCGCAGCAUCUCUGCAGACGAUGAUUCUCAAGAGGUACCUGGCAUUUGAGUUCCCGGCUAAGGGAGGGAAACGGGGUGGGUUGGCAUAGACCUAAGCAAUCCUGCUUGCUCCUCCGCCUUCGCUGGUUCACAGGGGCGCCCCAGGGCAGCAUAAAUUGUUUCUGCAUCCUUUAUGGAGCUCCCUUGUUCAGCUGCUGCACAUGGAGGAAUCUGCCUUUUACUGACGCAGAUCCGUUGGCCCAUCUAGCUCAGUAUCUAGUAACAGAUCUAGUAACCAUCUAGUAACAGAUUGAGGUUGAAUCCUGACAAGACAGAAGUACUGUUUUUGGGGGACAGGAGGCGGGCAGGUGUGGAGGAUUCCCUGGUCCUGAAUGGGGUAAUUGUGCCCCUGAAGGACCAGGUGCGCAGCCUGGGAGUCAUUUUGGACUUCCAGCUGUCCAUGGAGGCGCAGGUCAAAUCUGUGUCCAGGGCAGCUGUUUACCAGCUCCAUCUGGUACACAGGCUGAGACCCUGUCUGCCCGCAGACUGUCUUCCCAGAGUGGUGCAUGCUCUGGUUAUCUCCCGCUUGGACUACUGCAAUGCGCUCUAUGUGGGGCUACCUUUGAAGGUGACCUGGAAACUACAACUAAUCCAGAACGCGGCAGCUAGACUCGUGACUGGGAAUGGCCGCAGAGACCACAUAACACCGGUCUUGAAAGACCUACAUUGGAUCCCAGUACGUUUCUGAGCACAAUUCAAAGUGUUGGUGCUGACCUUCAAAGCCCUAAACGGCCUUGGUCCAGUAUAUCUGAAGGAGCGUCUCCACCCCCAUCGUUCUGCCCGGACACUGAGGUCCAGCGCCGAGGGCCUUCUGGUGGUUCCCUCACUGCAAGAAGCCAAGUUACAGGGAACCAGGCAGAGGGCCUUCUCGGUAGUGGCGCCCUCCCUGUGGAACGCCCUCCCACCAGAUGUCAAAGAGAACAAUAACUACCAGACUUUUAGAAGACAUCUGAAGGCAGGCCUGUUUAGGGAAGCUUUUAAUGUACUUCCGUAUUUUAAUAUUUUUUUGGAAGCCGCCCAGAGUGGCUGGGGAAGCCCAGCCAGAUGGGCAGGGUAUAAAUAAAUUAUUAUUGUUAUUGUUAUUAUUACUGUCCACGCUGGUUGGCAGCAGCCCACCAGGGUUUCAGGCAAGGAGUCUGGAGGAUCAGAUGUGGGGCUGUCUGCAUGCAAAACAUGCUCUCCCACGAAGCUGUAGCCUUUCCCCCAACAUGCAAGGAUGGGUCCAUGGGAAUUGCUGGUGCUGUGGGCCCCGGCACACCUUCAGACAGGCCGGCAGGGUUCUGUGAUGGAUGCCGGCCGCUGUUCAUAGUGGGAAGGGGCCAUGUGGUCCAAGUAUGCUCAGAGCUGCAACUGGAAGACCCACAAGUAUCCAGGAGAGCUCAAAUCAAGCUCCCUACCUCCAGGUUCUACUUUCCACACCGUCAGAGGCAGUAUGAUUGCCACUUGCUGGAAAUAUCAGGAGAGGAAGGUGCUCUCAUGCUCAGAUCCUGAUUGCAGGUUUCCCUUCGGCCAGUGUUUCCGCAGAACAGUACCUACCACAGAGAUGUCAACGUUUUCAAAAGUAGGAGGUCCAUGGCUUGGCUUUUGAAAAACAAGGGCUGCACGAUACUUAGGGAAUUGGGAACAGCUGCCUUAGACAAUUGCUUGGCCAACUGGGAGCAUAGCUGUCAACCUUCCCUUUUUUUGCGGGAAGUUCCCUUAUUCCAGCGCCGCUUCCCACUGCUAUCCCGGAUUGUUAGAUAUCCUGUAGACUGUCCCCGGGACAGGUGAGGCUGCUGAUCCCUUCUUUUCGAGGCUGCUGAUCCCUUAUUUUCAAAUCUGAAAGUUGACAGCUAUGACUGGGAGAGCAGAUUCUUGGGCUAGAUGGCGUAUUUGGUCUGAUCCAGCAGGGCUGUUCUCAUGUUCCCAGGAUGUAGCCAAAGGGAUUGACGCUGAAGAAGCAAGGACACCGUUUUGAGCUCUCCAUGAGCUCCACUCCAACCCCUGUUAAGCCACAGUUCAGUCAGUCAUCCAUGCUUGUAGCUGCCACGUGACAUUGUGGAACCGAUGAAACGAGGGGGAACUAGAUCCCAAAAGAUCUUUGAGGUGGCAAAAAGAGAGAGCAGAGGUGUUUGUUUUUCGCUACCAGAAGUUUCUUGUUUCAGCCCAGGGCUACUAGCUGCUAAUUUUAAUAUGACUGAUGUCUUUUUUUAAAAAAAUGUUUUGUUUCAGUCACGGCGUCCCCAGAGGAAGUCUCUCUAUGAAAGGUUGGUUCUGUUCAUAAUAAAAUCUGGAUGAUUUGAGCUUUAAAUAUUUGUUUUGGCCUGUAGGAUCAGGCCAAAUCUCAGAGAACUCCAGCAAACAGUGUUUGGGUUGUGGCAGUUUAAUAAUUAUGAGGCUCCCCACUCCUUCUCUGAUCUGUUGAUCCCUUCUCAAGGGAUAAAUGGCCUUAUCAGCUUAGGCCUUUGAAGAUCUAUUUGUUUCAAAUGAUACAUAAUAAGGAUUAUUUCACUGAUUACGCUGCUGGUUUCUCAGCUGUUAGGUUGCUUGUUGUGCUGGUUCGAAGUGCAUUUUCGAAUUAUGUAUUAACGGCAGGUAAUUUUUGGCACUGCCGGUGGUUUCGAAAUGUGUUUUUAAAAAUGAUUACAGUGGUACCUCUGGUUGCGAAUGGGAUCCGUUCCGGAGCCCCGUUCGCAACCUGAAAGGAAUGCAACCCGUGUCUGCGCACACGCGGGUCGCAAUUCACUUCUGCGCAUGCGCGUAAUGUCAUUUUGAGCGUAUGCGCGAGCAGCGAAACCCAGAAGUAACCCUUUCCAGUACUUCCGGGUUGCCGCAGGACGCAACCUCAAAAGACGUAACCUGAACUGAACGUAACCAGAGGUAUGACUGUAUCUCUGUUUCGAAAUGUUUGGUAUCUGGUGACUGAGAGCGGCCGCCGAGACCAUAUAACACCGGUCUUGAAAGACCUAUGCUGGCUCCCAGUACGUUUCCGAGCACAAUUCAAAGUGUUGGUGCUGACCUUUAAAGCCCUAAACGGCCUCGGUCCAAUAUACCUAAAGGAGCGUCUCCCCUCCAUCGUUUUGCCCGGACGCUGAGGUCCAGCUCCGAGGGCCUUCUGGUGGUUCCCUCGCUGCAAGAAGCCAAGUUACAGGGAACCAGGCAGAGGGCCUUCUCAGUAGUGGCGCCCGCCCUGUGGAACACCCUCCCACCAGAUGUCCAAGAGAACAACAACUACCAAACUUUUAGAAGACAUCUGAAGGCAGCCCGGUUUAGGGAAGCUUUUAAUGUUUAAUAGGUUAUUGUAUUUUAGUGUUUUGUUGGGAGCCGCCCAGAGUGGCUGGGGAAACUCAGCCAGAUGGGCGGGGUAUAAAUAAAAUAUUAUUAUUAUUAUUAUUAUUAUUAUUAUUAUUAUUAUUAUUAUUAUUAUUAUUUGAAACCUGCAGUUUACAAAUCCCAUUGUAUUAUAGAAAUUGUGAUUUGAAGACACACGUUCUUUAGAUGCUGCCUUCAAAGUGAAAGAAAAAUGGGCAUAAAUGACGCUUCUCCCGUUCCAUGCUCUUUCCCAGCUUUGUGAGCUCCAGCGAUCGCCUGCGGGAUCCAGAGAAGGAUCCAGAAGUGGGCAGGGAUCCGGACAAAGAGCCGGACCGGGGGGAGAACCUCCGCAAUUUCGAGUGGGACUAUGACCGUGAUCGCAGCCGGGACCGGAGCAGAGAGUGCGACAGAGACCGGGACCGGGACAGGGAUCGUGAUCGUGAUCGUGACCGAGACAGGGACCGAGACAGAGAGGGCAGCUUCCGCCGUAAGGACUCCUUGGGGGCAGGGUAGAUAAAAAUCAGUGAUUUUUAAAUAAAUAAACAAAAUCAGAUUUUUCAAAUUUUAAAUGGUUUUUUAAAAAAAUUAAAUCGGAUUUUAAAAAUACAAUAGUACCUCGGGUUACAUACGCGUCAGGUUACAUAUGCUUCAGAUUACAGAUUCCGCUCACCCAGAAAUAGUACCUCAGGUUAAGAACUUUACCUCAGGAUGAGAACAGAAAUCGUGCUCCGGUGGCGUGGCGGCAGCGGAAGGCCCCAUUAGCUGAAGUGGUGCUUCAGGUUAAGAACAGUUUCAGGUUAAGUACGGACCUCCGGAACGAAUUAAGUACUUAACUCGAAGUACCACUGUAAAAUGCUUUUGGAGGGGAAAUAUUGCUAAAGAUAGUUUUCUAUUUAAGUUACAUUAUAGCCCAAAGGCUAUUCAUCAGGAAAUAAGGAUUUGUUUUAAGAUUUAAUGUUUAAGUUAAAAAAAAAAAGUUUAACCACAUCAGUUAACGAACAUGGAUACAUAUGCUAUAAUGAUAUUGUUUUACCUGCUAAAUAAACUGGUUGACUGGGCUGACCACUCUAACCUGCUAAAUCCGGAACAGGCAGGGUUUAGAAAGGGCCAUAGUACAACAGGCCAUUGUUUGGUAUUACAGACAAUGAUAGAUAAGUAUACAAAGGUACAUAAGAGCAAACUUUUUGUGGCUUUCGUAGAUCUCACAUCCGCUUUUGAUUCAAUCUGUAGGGACAAAUUAUGGCAAAAAUUAUAUGAAACAGAUAUUGAUAGACGACUUCUCAAAAUACUUAGAGAGUUACAUUCAGACACCACAGUUAAAAUCAGAACUGGGAUGUCAGGCAACUAUACUGAUCCACUGCCACUGGGGAAAGGGGUUAAACAGGGCUGUUUGUUAGCGCCGUUCCUCUUUAAUUUCUAUAUAAAUGACAUUGUUCAACAUAUGGCAAAGUAUAAGUCAUCAGCUCCUGCCCUGGAAGGCAAACACCUGAAUAUAUUACUAUAUGCUGAUGACAUGGCUGUCAUGGCACUUACUCGAAGGGGCCUACAUAGCAUGCUGGAGGGGCUCGCAGCUUAUUGUUCCCAAAACUCUCUAAAGAUAAAUUAUGACAAAACAAAAAUUGUGGUAUUUACUAGAGCUCGCCACACAUUUAGAUGGUCUUUAGAUGAACACAAAAUUGAACAGUGUCUUUUUUUUUAAAUAUCUUGGUAUCACUUUCCAAGCUACAUCUAGCUGGCUUGCCCACUUCAAGACUGUAGCCCUUCUAACACGUAGGACAAUCGGUGCCCUGCUCAGCUUUUUUUAUUCGAGGGGAGGGCAACUGGUGAUCCCGGCAUUAAAGCUUUUGUUGGAAAAGUGAUUCCCCAGAUGCUAUAUGGAGUAGAACUCUGGGGAUGGAAUCAGAAGCUGUUAGAACGGCUUGAAAUCUUCCAAAAUUUUUACCUCAGAAGAAUUCUAGGCCUCCCUCAGAGUACUCCGGCAGCUCUCCUAAGAGUGGAAGUAGGAUUACCUUCUAUGUCUGCCAGGGCCCACUUAAGAUUCCUGCGUUUUUUUCACCAACCUCACAGAUGCCCCGAACACCUUAUUGGCUAAACAAGCCUUUGUAUUAUUACAAAAUAAUACUACUUGGCAUAAAAACCUACUAGAUAUCCUAUCCAGAUACAAUCUACCUGAGUUUAAUACCCUUAAAUUGUGGAGCCCUGAUAAAGUUCGGGAAUGGAUCUUUGAAAAGACGCCUUUUGGACUCCACAAAAAUAAAAAACUCUGGGUUUUCCUACUGGUUUCCCCGAGUAAAAGCAGUCAAAAUCUGUGCUAACUACUUGGUGGAGAUCACUGACCCCACCCUUCGGAGAGCUUUCACUAUGGCACGGUUUCAAACACUGCCAACUGCAUAUCUGACCGGUAGAUUCACAAAAACCCCAGUAGAACAUCGUUUAUGCCCUUGCCUUAUGAAAAUUAAAGAGGAUCUUACACAUUACCUCCUCUAUUGCCCCAUCUACUCGAGCUUUAGAGACGCAUUGCUGCAAAUUAUACCCAACUCUAUAAUGAUAUUGUUUUAGUUAAAUAAAUUGCUAUUACGGAAAUGAUUAUUAUCAGCCUUCUUUAUGGUCCAGCUCUCACUUCCAUACAUCACUACUGGGAAAACCAUAGCUUUAACUAUACGGACCUUUGUUGGCAAAGUGAUGUCUCUGCUUUUUAAGAUGCUCUCUAGAUUUGUCAUUGCUUUUCUCCCAAGAAGCAGGCGUCUUUUAAUUUCGUGACUGCUGUCACCAUCUGCAGUGAUCAUGGAGCCAAAGAAAGUAAAAUCUCUCACUGCCCCCAUUUCUUCCCCUUCUAUUUGCCAGGAGGUGAUGGGACCAGUGGCCAUGAUCUUCGUUUUUUUGAUGUUGAGCUUCAGACCAUAUUUAGCGCUCUCCUCUUAACGACCCACCUAACGACCCUUAAGAAACUACAGAAUUCUUUGGGGGAAGCCGUUGCUGUUCAAAGUGCUCUCAUAGUGCUUUAAAUGUAGGGUGUGGAAGUGGCCCUGGAUAUUACAAUCUCACGGAAUUGCUGGCAUCAGGUUUAAAAUACUCUGAUACCUCAGGUUAAGAACGUAAUUUGUUCUGGAGGUCCGUUCUUAACCUGAAACUGUUCUUAACCUGAGGUACCACUUUAGCUAAUGGGGCCUUCCGCUGCUGCCGUACCAUUUCUGUUCUCAUCCUGAAGCAAAGUUCUUAACCUGAGGUACUAUUUCUGGGUUAGCAGAGUCUGUAACCUGAAGCAUCUGUAACCUGAGGUACCACUGUAUCACGUGAGCUGGUUGUGAACUAGGAUACAUAGAGUCCUCAGGAAGGGUAGGCAAGGUUUCAAAGGGUUUUUGGCAUCCGGCUAGGUUUAAGAGGGCCUUGGGGCGACAGGAAUGUUUUCUGAGCUGUCAAUCUUCCUUUUCUUACCCAGGUUCAGAUUCUUUCCCAGACCGACGUGCUCCGCGCAAAGGGAACACGGUGUACGUCUACGGGGCGGACAUGAAGCAGAGCAUGCUGCGCACCGCUUUCUCGGCCUUCGGGAACAUCAUUGAUCUCUCCAUGGACAAUCCCCGCAAGUGAGUGGUGGGAAGGAAGGCAGGGUUGGCCCAAGAGGCAAAGCUUGGGCCAGAUCCACAGGGGAAAACAUGCAAACGACACCUCACUCCCAUAUGGACAUGCACCAGGAAAGCCACCCAGGGGGACUGGAACAACCCAGUUAGAUGGGGAGGGUACUACUACCACUACAACUACUACUACUAAUAAUAAUAAUAUAUUGGGGGCAGAGCAGUGCUUUGCAUGCAGAAGGUUGCAUGUUCAAUCCCUGGCAUUACCAGGUAGGCUGGCGCCUGACAUCUCCACCAUCUGGAGUUGCAUUCCUGGGAAACAUUGGAUCUGGACUGUUUUCUCGCACUGAUGCCACAUCCUGUAUCAGUAUCAAUGAAUUUCAGGAGCCAAAAUGCCUUUUCUGUGUGCAGGAGCAGCGAUCAACAUUCUACUUACCGUAUUUUUUGCUCCAUAAGACGCACCUAGUUUUAGAAGAAGAGAACAAGAAAAAAAAUAUUCUCUCCCUCUCUGCGCAGAGCCCCUUCAGCGAAGCGGGAGGAGAAAUGGAAAGGGCUCCGUUUCGUCUCCCACUUUGCUGAAGGGGCGCUGCACAGCUUUCCGUCUCUGCACAGCGGCUCUCCAGCAAAGCAAAGUCAGAACAGCAAGAGGGAUCGCUGCACAGCGAAAACAGCGAUCCCUCUUGCUGUUCUGGCUUCUGGGAUAGCGUGCCAAGCCUCUUCAGGGCAGGAGGAGCACUCCGGCUGCGCUCAAGAGGCGUUGCGCAGCCUGCAUUCGCUCCAUAAGACGCACACACAUUUCCCCUUACUUUUUAGGAGGGAAAAAGUGUGUCUUAUAGAGUGAAAAAUACGGUAAUUGUUGUUGCUUAUCUUCACUUGCCCCACCUCACUGCCCUGCUCAUGGUUGUGAAGAAUAUUCUUACGUUAUGAAUGAUUAAUAAUACAGUGGUGCCCCGCAAGACGAACGCCUCGCAAGACGAAAAACACGCUAGACGAAAGCGUUUUGCGUUUUUUGAGUCGUUCUGCAAGACGAAUUUCCCUAUGGGCUUGCUUCACAAGACGAAACGUCUUGCGAGUUCUUGCGAGUUUGUUUCCUUUUUCUUAAAGCUGCUAAGCCGUUAAUAGCCGCUAAGCCGCUAAUAGCCGCUAAGCCGCUAAUAGCCGUGCUUCGCAAGACGAAAAAACCGCAAGACAAAGAGACUCGCGGAACGGAUUAAUUUCGUCUUGCGAGGCACCACUGUAAUAAUAAUAAUAAUAAUAAUAAUAAUAAUUUAUUAUUUAUACCCCGCCCAUCUGGCCAGGUUUCCCCAGCCACUUUGGGCAGCUCCCAGCAGAAUAUUAAAACACCAUAAAACAUUAAAAACUUCCCUAUACAGGGCUGCCUUCAGAUGUCUUCUAAAAGUCAGAUAGUAGUUUAUUUCCUUGACAUCUGAUGGGAGGGCGUUCCCCAGGGUGAGUGCCACUACCGAGAAGGCAGUCUGCCUGGUUUGCUGUAACCUCACUUCUCGCAGUGAAGGAACUGCCAGAAGGUCCUUGGAGCUGGACCUCAGUGGCUGAAUGAUGGGGCUGCCGACACUCCUUCAUGUAGACAAGGACGAUGCCAUUUAGGGCUUUAAAGGUCAGCACCAACACUUUGGAUUGUGCUCGGAAACGUACUGGGAGCCAGUGUAGAUCUUUCAGGACCGGUGUUAUAUGGUCUCAGCGGCCACUCCCAGUCACCAGUCUAGCUGCCGCAUUCUGGAUUAGUUGCAGUUUCCGGGUUGCCUUCAAAGGUAGCCCUACGUAGAGCGCAUUGCAGUAGUCCAAGUGGGAGAUAACUAGAGCAUGCCUCACUCUGGUGAGAUAGUGCGCAGGCAGGUAGGGUCUCAGAUGGAGCUGGUAGACAGCUGCCCUGGACACAGAGUUGACCUGCGCCUCCAUGGACAGCUGUGAGUCCAGAAUGACUCCCAGGCGGCGCACCUGGUCCUUCAGGGGCACAGUUACCCCAUUCAGGACCAGGGAGUCCCCCACACCAGCCCACCCCCUGUCCUGCCAAAACUACUGCUGUCACCAUUAAGAAAAAUAGGUAGGAAUAUAUAUGUGCACUGUCCCUGGAUAAAGUGAAUCUUCUUUAAGUUCUCAAAGCUCAGCCUAGAUCAAGAUUGUCAUCUGAACUAACCGUAGGUGUAACUGAGAAUCACAGUCACGUCUGUCAUUUGAAAAAUAAAGACGUUAGAGCUGUCCUGCCAAAAAAUGGCAGCUAGGCAUUCCGUUUCAGUGACCGCAACCUUGGUUAAAGGAGCCAUUUGGUGCCUAGCUUACAUAUUUGAGUUUCUAACACUGCUGGUAAGGUAAGACAGCCAAGAAGACAAUGCCUUUUUCCAGAGAUCAGCCGUUAACCCUCUACUCUCUCCCUCCUCAGCUGUGCUUUUGUCACUUAUGAGAAGAUGGAGUCUGCGGACCAAGCCAUUGCUGAGGUAACUGCCACUGCUUUUCCCCUCUGAGUUGCCUGAAAUGUCCAGCGCCGAGGGCCUUCUGGCGGUUCCCUCACUGCGAGAAGUCAAGUUACAGGGAACCAGGCAGAGGCCUUCUCGGUAGUGGCGCCUGCCCUGUGGAACGCCCUCCCACCAGAUGUCAAAGAGAACAACUACCGGACUUUUAGAAGACAUCUGAAGGCAGCCCUGUUUAGCGAAGCUUUUAAUGUUUGAUGCAUCACGGUAUUUUAAUAUUUUGUUGGAAGCCGCCCAGAGUGGCUGGGGAAGCCCAGCCAGAUGGGCGGGGUAUAAAUAAUAAAUUAGAAAUAUUCUUAUUAUUAUUAGAAAUGAGCCUAGGAAAAAGCAGGAAUGGGGUGAUACCCAACAUUAGUCAUUAGAAUUAAGUCCAUGGGUUUUCGUGAGUCUGCCCUGGAUGCAGAGGAGUGACGGGAGACAGCGUAGGCUCAGAGCCUGGGGUUCGGUGGUGAGUCAACGACACGUGGUUAGAGGGAGAAGAGAGAGAGUACUGGCAGGAGGAGGUGUUGGGAGCAGAAGAGGCAACAGGGUUUAGUGAGCAGGAAGAGGUUGUGACAGAGAGCGGGCAAGACUUGGAGGCAGGGGAGGAGGAGGGGCAGAAGGCAAAGAUGAGGCCGACUUUUUGGUUCUAUUGCUCUUUAAGGUGCUUCAGGGCUCUCUGGGCCAUGGAGCAAUUUCCGUAGAAAUGGAUUAAGGCACCCCAUCCCCUUGCCUCCUUAACAGCUCAACGGAAAGGUGGUGGAAGAUGUCCAGCUGAAAGUCAGCAUUGCCCGCAAGCAGCCCAUGCUGGAUGCAGCCACCGGCAAAUCGGUGUGGGGGUCUUUGGGUAAGUGCCGGAGGAGAGGGGUCUGGAAUGGGGAGGCAGGAACCAAGUUCCAAGACGAUGGGAAGUGGUUUGAGUGUUGGUAGUGGGGGAUAUGGAACUCAGGGAUCUCCCAAGCUCCCAUGUUUUGAUGAGAGGAAUCGGAGAGGUAAGUGGGGUCAGAUUCCCAGAGAAGUGUGUGCUAGUAAUAGCAACCAGCAACUUUCAGUCUGCCAAUAAUAUAUCCCACUCGCUUAAAAGGGUUUUGGGGCCUGGGAGUCCACCACCAGUUGCCCCAGAAUCUGCUUCUUUUAUCGUCUUCAGAGGUUCAGCUGGGUAGUGUGAGAGAAGCUGGUCACCUUUGCCUUGUUGUGAUCUGUGAUCCUAGAUGUCCCUCCCCUCUCUCUCUUUUCCAGCUGUGAAGAAUAGCAUCAAGGGCUCUCACCGGGACAAGCGAUCCCAGGUCGUUUACAACGAAGACAUCUUCUGAGGCCUGUGGGACAAUCCCCUUUUCGAGCGGUGGGGUGUUUCUUAAAUGUUUGCUUUUUGUUGCUGUUGUUAAGAUGUGCAAAUAAACAUUGGCUGUGUCUUCGAAAAAGCAC